AUGGAUUCUGUUAAACCACUGUCAAACAAUUUGGAUGAGUUUAAAAGGAUAGUUUAUGAGUUCAAGAGCCUUAGCGAAAAGAUUGGCGAUGAGAAUGAAGCCUUUGUCUUGUUGAACUCUCUACCCGAGACCUAUAAGGAGGUAAAGAAUGCCUUGAAAUAUGGCAGAGAGUCAGUUACCAUUGAUGCCAUUAUUUCAGCAUUGAGAACUAGAGAGUUGGAGCUUCAGUCAAUAAAAAAGGAACAGCCUGGUGCAGAAGGGAAACUUUGGUUUAGUACCUACAAGGAUGUGGAUGGAGAAUCUGUGUACAUGGGGAACAAUGAAGUCAUCAAAAUCAAAGGGGUUGGUUCAUGUAGAGGAAAAGAUGGAAUCCUAGAGGUGAUUAAGGAUUCUAAGGUAGUGUUGGUUGGUGAAAGGGUCAAUGACCUCUAUAUAGUAAGAGGAGUAGAGAUGAUGACUAGUGCCUACACUGUUUCAACAACAAGCUUGACAGAGGCAGACUUGUGGCACAAAAGACUAUCCCAUAUCAGUGAAAAGGGAUGCAAGCACUGUCUAAAUAAGGAAUACUGUAUUUUAGGGAAAGCAACCAGACAAAGCUUCACAAAAUCUCAACAUACCACCAAAGAAACAUUGGAUUAUGUUUAUUUUGACCUAUGGGGACCAUCUCCUACACCAAGCCUUAGUGGCUCAAGAACCAACAAUGGGCUUGAGUUUUGCAAUGAAGACUUUGACAAAUACUGUAGUGAGGAUGGUAUAUCUAGGUGUAGAACUGUGAGGUAUACACCUCAACAGAAUGGGGUUGCUGAGAGGUUAAACGGAACUAUAAUGGAAAUGGUAAGAUGUUUGCUUUCUGAUGCUAUCCUAAGUGAAAACUAUUGGGCAGAAGCUGUAGCCUACAUAGUGUAUACCUUGAAUAGAUGCCCUCACACAUCCCUAGAGUUGCUUACCCCUGAGGAGAUGUGGACUAAUCAUCCUCCUAAUUUAGACAAUCUUAAGCCAGACUUGAGUCAGUAUGUCUUAGCUAGGGAUGGACAAAGGAGAACCAUUACCCCUCCAGCUAGUUAUACUAAAAUGAACUAUAUGAAUUUGGUUCUAAAUGUUGUUGUGGCUUCUACUAACCAAGAACCAGCAACCUUUGAAGAAGCAACAAGUUGUACUGAUGCAAGGGAUUGGAUAGAAGCUAUGAAUGAGGAAAUGCAUUCACUAAAUGUGAAUGAUACUUGGUCUUUAGUUCCUUUACCUAAUGGUUAUAAACCAGUUGCCUCUAAAUGA